AUGUCCACAGAAACAGAAUUGGUCACCAUAUCCCGGCCCAUCCCGGCGCCCACGAGCAGUAUUGAUCGGACUGCCAGGAAUCCAUCUCCGGGCUCUGGGCCGUCUGACUCACAGACACCUGCACAGGCCAGCCCGUCGAUUCCAAAGCUCAAAGUCCUGGCGGCUGCGUUUUCUUUCCUUUGCGCUGGUAUCGAUGGAGCUACUCUCGGUCCCCUUCUGCCGUACAUUAUAAAAUCCUUCACCAUCGGGACAGGAGAAGUAGCAAUCAUCUAUGCGUGUAUAUUCGCAGGAUGGCUCCUAGCCGCGGCUACCAACCCUUUCCUCGCGGCUAACCUCUCCUUCUCGACGCUUCUCACCAUCGGCGCCACCAUCCAGCUCCUGGCUCAAUGCCUCCGCCCCUGGGCGCCUCAACCCCUAUUCUUUGUUAGCUUCACCAUCCAGGCCCUCGGAAUGGCAUACCAAGACUCGCACGCCAAUGCCUGGGCCGGCACUUUGCCCAAUGCCCACCGAUGCCUUGGCUUCAUUCAUGCCAUGUUCGCUUUGGGAUGCUUGAUUGGACCGCUCAUCGCCACUGCUGUCGCGUCGGCAGCGGUAUCAGAACACCAGGGAAAUGACGGCAGAGAGGGUUGGAGAAUGGCAUAUUAUCCGCUCAUCGGCAUCCAUGCCCUGAAUCUCCUCGGCAUGCUGGUCGUAUUCGGCAGUCCUCUGUCAACCUGGAAAAAUCGCGCGUCGGCACCGUCUGCGAGCCCUUCCACCGCUGAGAACGAUGGAGAAAGCCAUGGGCGACACCGAAAUAAAGAGGCUCUCGGAGAGACUUUGCAGCUGAUGAAACUCAAGAACUUGUGGCUCAUCGGCGGCUUCUACUUGUUCAACUGUGGCGCCUGGUCGGCUGCCGGUGGAUGGGUCGUCGAGUAUCUCACUGCAUACCGCAACGGCGCUCUCGAUCAAAUGGGCUACGUACCGACAGGUUUCUGGGGCGGCCUCUUCCUUGGCCGCCUGCUCCUGGCCGAGCCGACGCACCGCUUCGGUGAGCAGCGCUCCAUCAUGAUUCUCUGCUUGAUUUGCCUAGUCCUACAACUGCUCUUUUGGCAAGUGCCCAACAUGAUUGCCAGUGCUGUGGCUUUCUCCCUGAUGGGCUUCUUCUUCGGUCCCUUUUUCGCCACAGGCAUGAGCGUGGCAUCUAAAUCGUUUCCUCGCAAGAUUCAGUCUACAGCCUUGGGCUUUAUAUUUGUGCUAGCCCAGGCUGGCGCAGCUAUCUUUCCGUCUCUAACGGGGCUAAUCGCUACCCGAGCAGGCGUACAAGUCCUGCAGCCUAUGAUUCUUGGACUGAUAGCAGGGGGUGGCAUCUGCUGGUGGUUUAUUCCAAAGGUGCCGGAGCGAAUGGAAGAUACAGAGUGA